UGUAAAACCCGAAAAGCUCACACAGAACCCAUCUGCGGUGAAAACGCAGCAGCGGCAGUUCACUAGUAAGCCACCACCCAGCGCCGUUUUCCUUUGCCCCUUAUUAUUUUUUUUUCUUGGCCUUUUUAUCCAAGUCUUUUCUUCUCUAUUUUUUAUAAACCCGCCUACCCUUUGCAACCCUCUUUUAACUCUCAUCAUCUAUGGCUUCCUCACCCGAAGAAAAUCGCCGACGGCCGAUCGACGACGACGACGACGAGACCGAACCCGACGAAGACGUCGAUUACGAAGAAAUCGAGGAAGAAGACGAAGAUGAAGAAGAAGAAGAACAGCCAAAGCCAGUUACCGAAGAAUCUCGAAUGCGUUCCGAUAGGGUUAAAAUGGAGAGUUUAUUCCGGCGGCUAUCUUCAGAGCGAGUGCCUUUACGAGUCCACGAUGUGAUUAUUAAAGGCAAUACUAAGACUAAGGAAUCACUCAUCGAAGUUGAGGUAGAAGCCCUAAAAAAUGCCACUACUGUUCAGGAGUUGCUUAAGGCGGCUAGUAUUGCUAAUGCGAGACUUCAACAGCUUGAUAUCUUCGAUUCCGUUAAUAUUACUCUUGAUUCCGGCCCACCGGAGCUGCCUGGGACUACUAAUGUGGUUGUUGAGGUUGUGGAAAGUGAAAAUCCACUUACUGGAAGUGUUGGAGUUUUUUCCAAGCCUGAGGCUAGAGCUUGGUCGCUUGAAGGUUCAUUGAAGCUGAAAAACUUGUUAGGUUAUGGGGAUAUAUGGGAUGGGUCUUUGGCUUAUGGCUGGGACCUCACUUCAGAGGUUAGUGCUGGUGUGUCUCUACCCAGAUUCAAAAGAUUGAUCACCCCUGUGACAGCUCGAUUAUCUCUUCUUUCUCAAGAUUGGCUGAAGUUCUCCUCUUACAAAGAACGAGCUUUGGGACUUUCUCUUGGCCUACUGUCAUCUAGAAGCCAUGAUUUGACAUACAGUCUCUCUUGGCGAGCCUUGACUGACCCAUCACAAAUGUCAUCGAGAGCAGUGAGGAGACAGCUUGGACAUAGUUUAAUUUCAGCUCUAAAGUAUACAUUUAAAAUUGAUGGGAGAAACUCUCCUCUGAGACCAACCCGAGGAUUUGCCUUUCUUUCAUCUUCUCAAAUUGGUGGCCUCCUACCAGAUCACCGGGGGUUACGCUUUCUCCGUCAGGAGUUGGACUUCCGCUAUGCUUUACCUCUGGGAUUUUAUAAUGCCGCUCUCAACAUUGGAAUUUCUGCUGGUGUAACUGUCCCAUGGGGAAGUGGGUUCUUAAGUCUGCCUACCUUUUUACCUGAGAAAUUUUUUCUGGGUGGUAAUUCUUCUCCAGUUUGUGCACUUGGGGGGCCAUCAUCUUUAUUGGGCUUCAAGACCAGGGGAUUGGGACCUGCUGAACCUAGAAGGCAAGUUGUAGAGAAUUCCAGUGAUGAGAGCUAUGAUGCAGCUUCUGCAAUGGAUUUUGUGGGAGGAGAUCUCGCUGUUACUGCUUUUGCAGACCUUUCUUUUGAUCUACCAUUGCGGGUAUUGAGAGAAGCUGGGAUUCAUGGCCAUGCUUUUGCUUGUACCGGAAGCCUGAACAAAUUAACAGAAAAUGCCUAUAAAGAUUUGUCUUUACAGAAAUUCCAAGAAUCAUUCCGAGCUUCAGCUGGAUUUGGUGUCAUUGUACCGACCAAGCUCUUCCGAAUGGAGGUUAAUUACUGCUACAUACUGAAGCAGCAAGAGCAUGACCGAGGGAAGACUGGUGUGCAGUUCAGCUUCUCUUCAUCUUUCUAGAUGCUCAACGUUGCAUGUUAUGUUGUGAAUUGAUAACGGCAUAAUUUUCUUCCAGUAAAAUUGACAUAGUUUUAUCCCGCAUUUCUCUGUUUUGUCUGAGAUGCGAAUUUAGUCGGCCCCAGGAAGUGCACUUCAGUUUCAAACUAUGGACAUUUUUCAACCCACUGUUACAAGCAAAUAAUUGGUGGUGAGUAUUAGUAUACAUGGUUUCCCUCCGACUGGAAUUUUAUGGACGAUGAAUACUGUGAUUUUCUAGCGGGUGAAAAGAUCCUCUGCCCCACAUUCCCUUUUUACUUCUUCUCAUAAUUCAGCUUUCGAAUUGAUGAUUUCGAUGUGCUAUACCUUGUAUGAAGAACUCACUCCAUUACAGUU